UGCUUUGCGCAUGCGUGGCUCUCUCUUUUCCGGUGGUGAACAUGGCGGGCACAGAGGAGAAAAAGUUGCCGUCCGUUCCAGAAAGCCUUUUAAAAAGGCGAAAACAGUUUGCAGCAAUGAAGUUAAAACACAUUAAAAAGAUCAUUGCUGAGAAAAAGGUUCGCAAAGAAAAAAGGAAGCUCAUUUACAAGAGAGCUGAAGCUUAUUACAAGGAGUACAGGAUAAUGUACAGAAAGGAAGUACGUUUGUCCAGAAUGGCUCGCAAAGCUGGAAACUUUUACGUACCUGCAGAACCCAAGCUGGCCUUUGUGAUCAGGAUUAGAGGCAUUAAUGGAGUCAGCCCAAAAGUUCGUAAGGUUUUGCAACUUCUCCGCCUGCGUCAGAUUUUCAACGGCACAUUUGUGAAGCUAAACAAGGCAUCAAUCAAUAUGCUGAGGCUUGUGGAGCCCUACAUUGCAUGGGGGUACCCAAAUCUUAAGUCUGUUCGUCAGCUUAUCUACAAACGUGGAUUUUUGAAGAUUAAUAAGCAACGUAUUCCUAUGACUGACAACUCUUAUAUCGAGAAACAUCUUGGCAAGCGUGGCAUCAUUUGUGUUGAAGAUCUGAUCCAUGAAAUUUACACCGUUGGCAAAAACUUUAAGGCUGCAAACAAUUUCCUCUGGCCAUUCAAGCUGUCCUCUCCAAAGGGUGGUAUGAAAAAGAAAACUACUCACUUUGUGGAAGGUGGAGAUGCUGGCAACAGGGAAGACCAGAUUAACAGGCUGAUUAGAAGAAUGAACUAAAGAUUUUUCUACUCGGAUACCUUUUUCCACUCUUGGCUGUUAAUAAAUAUCCAGUUCAAAAAAUGUUUGUCGAUCCUUUUUGUUCUCAUGGUUAUGCAUACGACACUGAAUUGGCGCGUGGUUGCCUUUAGUUGCUUCUUUAGGUAUACUGUUGCCAAAGCAGGUUAUGGAGUUGCAUAGGAUACCCAGCUAAAUUCUAUUUGUUAUAGACUAUAAUUCAUUAUACUCAAAAAUAUGUAUUUAACUUUGUUGGGAUGAAAAUUAAAAUGCGGUUAUUUUGA